GCGCGGCCGUGACCCGGAAGCGACCCCGGGAGGCCGGGAGGGAAGAUGGCGGCGCGGACGGCGCUGCGCGCGGUGUGCCGGCGCCUCUGGCAGGGCUCAAGAGAUUUUUCCGUGAAUGGUUCUAGAAGCAGGACUACCCCAAGUGGUGGCUUUCUCCUCACCAGCGUGGGGCGGGUGCAGUGGUCACACCUACACGUCGAUGCUCCCAAGGACCCGACAAAGCCUGUGAUAACAGUAUCUGAUGAGCCAGACACGUUGUACAAAUGUCUGUCAGUCUUGGUGAAAGGCCAUGACAAGGCGGUGUUAGACAGUUACGAGUAUUUCGCGGUGCUGGCUGCGAAAGAACUUGGGCUCUCUAUUAAAGUGCAUGAACCGCCAAGGAAAAUAGAGAGACUCACUCUUCUCAAGUCAGUGCAUAUUUUCAAGAAGCACAGAGUUCAGUAUGAGAUGAGAACUCUUUACAGAUGCUUGGAGUUAGAACAUCUGACUGGAAGCACAGCCGAUGUCUACCUGGAAUAUAUCCAGCGAAAUCUCCCUGAGGGCGUUGCGAUGGAAGUGACAAAGACCAAACUCGAACGGUUACCAGACCACAUAAAGGAGCCGAUCUGGGAAACGAUGCCCACGGACAAAGAAGAACGCAAGGCCCAAAGCUCUGAAAGGAGGGCCCGAGGGUCCAGCCAAGGCGGGUCUGAGGUUCCCCAAUCCAGGGAAACAGGGAAUGGCACGUGAAGGAGUCUGAGGGCUGUGGAGGAAGUACUGCCCGUUCUCCUAUUGUCAUUGCCAACCUUGUUUCCAGCUCUAGCCAAGGUGAGCAAACCAUUGGACUUUGUACCAAAGAUUAAAAAUUAUGUCGUCA